UUCCUGAGUUAGAUACAGAUAUUCAAUUGAUGGGAAAUGAUGAACAAAAUUGUGAAACCUGUACAGUUCCAAUAGAAUCUUACUUGGAAAUAGAAUAUAGUGCAGAUGAAAGUGAUAAUAUUGAAAGUGUAACAAAAGACUGUGCAAUGUCCACUGGCUCUAUUAAAAGCUUAGAAAGGGCAAAUAAUUCUUGCAAUGAAUCUACAGCACCAGCAGGAAAACGCUGCGUUUUAAACGAGUUUGGAGUUUUCAGAAGAGAAGAUUUCAUAGACGAAAUUACAUGGAAUCGAUUUCUAAGAGCAUGCAACGGAUUAAGAAGAGAAAAACUAUUGUUAAAACGUAAAAAUGAGCGUCUCCUUAAAAAAAUUAAAACGUUCAGUGAUAUCAUUGAAGAGUUACAGAAGAAGAACCUAUUAACAGAUUCUCUUGCAGAAAUCUUGAAAGUAAAUUAUAGAACGUAA